UCUCCCACUCUGCAUCAGCAUUACUUUAAAUCCCAAAAUUCAAUUAUUUAUACACAGAGCCAUGCCUCCUUCCCAUCUCUCCUCCAUGUUCUUUUCAAAAUUCUCACCCACCCCACAAGCAAAGCACCCUUAACUUUUUCAGUUCAUUUUUUUAUUCUUCAUUGGUUCGUCUUCUCUUACUCUCUACCCCAUUUUGCUUUUUCUGGGUUUCUGUGCUUUUUGUUGGGAUCUACUUCACAAUGGGUUUGUCCCAAGGCCCCUGCACUGAUUCCAGGGACCUUUCCAAUGCCCCAACCUUAGUUGUAGAUCACUACUGUGACUACAACAAGCUCAAAUUCCGAACCUUUCUCAGAAAAAUGUUCUGGGAAUUCGGUCUUGCUUGUGUGGCCAACCCUUCCCGGCGUCGGAGAAGCUCCGAGAGAAGCUCUGCCUAUGGAAAAAAGACGAAUUUGGAGCACAACAAGGCGUGGCUGCUUGCGGAGUCUGGUGGGUGUGGAGCAGAAUUGACCAAUGCUGACCCUCAAUCGGUUCACUCCUCUUUCAGGUUCAGCUUCUGUUCUCAGGUGGAGUUGGAGUCCUUGAACAUGAGUUCUUCAAGUGCUGCAACGGUUUUGAUGGUGAAUUUGGACAAUGGGAUGAGUGAAUCUCGCGCCAGGGAGAUGAAGUGGAGGAGAAUGGAGUCGUUGGAGAAGAGCAUAUCCCCUGUGGCUCACAGCUUGAUCAGGUUUAGCUAUGGUGAAAUUAUGUCUGCUACUAGGAAUUUCUCCAAAGGGAGGGUGUUGGGGAGAGGGGCAUUGAGCUGUGUUUUUAGGGGGAGAGUUGGGAUUUUGAGGACUGCAGUGGCGAUCAAACGAUUGGACAAGGAAAACAAGGAAUCUGCCAAGGCCUUUUGUAGAGAAUUGAUGAUUGCAAGUUCUCUUCAUAGUUCAAAUGUUGUUCCCCUUUUGGGGUUUUGUAUUGAUCCUGAGGAGGGUUUGUUUUUGGUGUACAAGUAUGUUUCAGGGGGCAGUCUGGAGCGCCACUUGCAUGGAAGGAAGAAGGGUAGUUCACCUCUUCUGUGGCCUGUGAGGUACAAAGUUGCGAUUGGGAUUGCUGAAGCUGUAGCUUAUCUGCAUAGUGGAACUGAAAGAUGUGUUGUGCACAGAGACAUUAAGCCCUCAAACAUUCUGCUUUCUUCAAGGAAGAUUCCCAAGCUAUGUGACUUCGGAUUAGCUACAUGGACUUCUGCACCUUCACUUCCUUUCCUUUGCAAAACUGUCAAAGGAACAUUUGGAUAUUUGGCUCCUGAGUAUUUCCAACAUGGGAAAGUAUCAGACAAGACUGAUGUAUAUGCUUUUGGAGUGGUUUUGUUGGAACUCAUUACUGGCCGUAAGCCAAUUGAGGCAAGGAGAUCUUCAGGAGAAGAGAACUUGGUCUUAUGGGCUAAACCUUUUCUACAGAAGGGGAAAGGAGCAAUUGAAGAGUUGCUUGAUCCUCAACUCAAGUGCAGUCUUAAAUUCUCAAAUCAAAUGGGUAGAAUGAUCGAAGCAGCAGCUGCAUGUGUCACAAAUGAAGAAUCUCGGCGACCUGGCAUACAUGAGAUUAUUGCAAUACUGAAAGGUGAAGAAGAACCUCUUCUCUCCAAAAGAAAGAAGUCCAGUUUUCUUGGGAAUGGAUGCGUGAUUGAUUGUUAUUCUCAGUUACAACAAACAAAUAAUGAGAUGAAAAGUCACUUGGCAUUAGCAAUGUUAGGAGUUGCAGAGUUUGAGGAUGAUGAAUAUCUUUAUGGUCGAUAAAACAUGAUGACAACCCUUAAGUAACCUUUUACUUUUUGCCUUGAUUGUCACUAAGAGUGCUAAAGAUUAGAUGUGAGCGAGUUGAAACUGUAAAUAGAAAUAGGAGCUUAGAUGAAGAUUGUGUGUAGAUAUCUUCCCUUCUCUCAAAAGGGUAACGCUAAUAGAUUUUCAUUCAUGUUUGUGAAUCAUGUUCAAUUCAUGUUGGUAAAUUAAAUGAUUUUUAUCUGAU